GCGAGUGACAAUAAUUAUUAGUAAAUCUUAUGAUCAGCCCUAUCAAUGACCGUCCGUAAGGGUUUUUUUGCAUCCGUAUUGAAGUCGGCAAAAGGGUAAACUGUUAAGUUCGCAGACGAAAUGAAUGACGUGCUAUCGUCUUCUGAUGGUAGCGUAUAAACAUGCAUCCUUAACUUCUGUUUUGUAUUUGUGACCAAGAAACCUCCUCCAGCCUCUUGAAACAGCCUCUCGUUUUUUUUUGUAUACUGCAUCAUGAUGGCGAAAAUUCUCACGUUUUGUCUAACGGUUGUACUGGUGGUGGCUGAGCCUCCAAAUGAGGAGCCCAGUUCAUCGGCUGUUACCUUCCGCAAUUAUCAAACUGGCCAUCCCCUAGUUGGCGUGGCCCGCGUAGCGUUGAUUCCGUAUGGAGAGUUUGUGACCCUUAAGUGCAAAAUGGGCUUAUCGGUGGGUGUACACGGUGCAUGGUACGUGAUGCUCGACGCCUUUGGAUCCAUCGAAACCGCUUCCUGCAAGCACUCGGACAUCCCCGACAAGGAUAAAAUGUGCCCGGAGUCCCAAGAAAAUGAGCCGGGACUCUGUAGACUGUACUCUCGGGAUCCUUCUACUCAUCCUUUGUGCAAGAGGCGCGGAGCGCAGAUUGUCUACAGCUGCUAUGACGCGAGGUUACGUCCUGCAUCAUUCAACCUAGAGUGGCACAAGUCCCAAGAGGGAUGAUAAUUAUACUGAACGCCCGUACACUGAACUUGAAGAGGACAAAGUAACAACAUGGGGAAUAUCUUUUGAAGUGAAAUCGGUUUAUUCCUGUUUCUUUCUACUGCAUGAACUUUGCAUUUACUGCAUUUCUGCGUGUCAUUUGUCUUGUAAUUAUGUACAUGAAGCUGAGACCGAAACAGUACGCUACCAUGUACUACAUACCAGACACCUGAAAUACUG